AUGGCUCGCUUACGGUGUUUACAACCUACCGAGUACUGGAUUGAUGCCGUGUGCAUCAACCAAAAGGAUCUGAGCGAGAAAACUCAGCAAGUCCAGAUGAUGGGAAGAAUCUAUGGUUACGCAGAAGACGUGGUAGUCUGGCUCGGUAACGUGACAAGCUUUGCAGCCUACCCUUUGCAGACAUUGUUCUCGGUCUUUGGGUCACAAUUGAGUGAGAGAGAUACUGUACCAGGACAUACGGCGGACGACUCAGAGAUUCGAAGGGAUUCAGAGGUGAUAGUAACAGACGAAAUGCUUGACGCAGUGGCCAAAGGAUGUCACUUGAAAAGAGCAAAACUCGAAUUGAUGCUCAUCGCGGCCGCCUCUGUGCUCCUCACUCGUCGUUGGUUUCGUCGCCUGUGGGUCGUACAAGAGUCACGUCAGGCUCGUCAUACUUUAUUCUUACUUGGCGAAAACCAAUUCAGAACCGAUCUCAUCUCGUCGGUAUUGCGAUGGACUGAAAAUAAGAUUGAAAGAUCGCCAAAAACUUCUGGACAGCGCAUGAUCACCCGGCUUGGCCUUGCUGCACCUCUAUGGCAGGCCCAUAUCAAGCACAUCCCAGCGAUGCUAGCUUCUAUGAGUUCAUCUCGUGACGAAGAAAAGUGGACCUUGCAGCAGUGGCUACGGAUGGUAAAGAGUAGAAAAGCCCGUGAUGCCAAAGAUAUGGUAUUUGCAGGUCUAUCUCUCAUACGGCCUGAGGAUCUGACCAUUGAUCUGUCGUUGCAGGCUCAAGGUCCGGACUCACAUUCCCACAAUCCGAAGGCGCAAGGGCAUAAGCCAUUACCAAAAGGGCCAAAGAAGCUAUGGGACGUUUUACACGCCGACUACAACGCCGAGACCUCGACUGUACUCUUGAACCUCGCGGCUUGUAUCCUUUCACAUUACGAUCUCCCGGUUCUAUUAGACAUUACGUUACUGUUUCGUCGCCCUCCAUCAUACGUGGCGCUCACCGAGCUACCCCUGACUUCGUUCCCAUCGUGGAUACCGGAUCCGGAAGCAUGGACCUCAAGGGCUCUAGAACCUGUGAUAUCGCUCAACAAUCAUGGCCGUCCAUUUCCGCUUUCUGCGCACAUGUCGAGCUUUCAGCCACAGAUAUCAUCCGAUGGCACUAAGUUGGCUGUGACAGCCGCUCUUUUGGACACUGUAUCCAACUGCUGUCCAAUCCUGGACGUCAUACUCAACAUCAAGGACUGUACGGGAGCUAUUAGGGUGCUCGACUGGAUAGCUGACACAGUUCCCCGUGUGUACUAUCCAACCGGAUCUUCAGGGAUAGAGGCUCUGGCAUGCCUAAUGGUAUCAGCUUACAGGAACCCGAAAGAUCCCGAGAGGCAAUGGAAAGAGGACACUAUGGCGAGAGGGUUCUGCGAGAUGCUUCAUGAGCUAAUUGAAGGUUUCGUAGGAGAGGGUGUCAAAAUGUGGGUCGAGGAACCCGACAGUCUGCCUACGUGGUUAAAGUCAUAUCCUUGGCCUUCAGGCUGGGCUGUCGAUUACGGUGGUGUAUUUAAGGCUUACGCCAGGAUCAGAGCAAAUCAUCCAGACGCCCCUUGGCCACCAAGCAACCUUGGGGGUUCAGAAGGGAGGGAAGUCCUCGAUAAGACAAGAGGAAUCCACCCUGACACCCUGACAAGGAUCUCCGAGACCAACAUAAAUAGACAGGAGAUUUCACACAUGGAUGAACGAUGUGACUUAGUGCGAGACACCGGCGAUACUGCGAACACUCGUGACUCUCACGGGAAGCUCGACUGGGCGUCAGAUGUGAUAGGUUACAAUUCCGGAAUAGGAUUGCAGAGCCUAUUUAUUACCAAAGGCGGUUAUCUGGGAAUUGGUCCAAACUGGCUGAGAAAUGGAGACGGGGUCUUCUUAGUAGCGGACGCAAAAGCCCCUUACAUACUGGCCAAGGUGGACGAUGUCUUGCAGAGGCAGGCGCGCGAGAUACGUGAGCAGCUUGACACCGGCAUGAGCAGGUCUGUCAAGCUAACAAGAAAGCAACGCAAGAGCUUGCAGACACAACUGCUUGAGAUUGAGAGUAGGCCUCGAGGAGAAAACGCAUGGCAGCUGGUAGGAGAAGCAUAUGUGGAGGGAAUUAUGCAUGGUGAGGCUGCUGGUCUCGCUGAAGCUAGGGCACAAAGGUACCACAUUGCGUAG